AUCCCACUAGCCUUGGUACAACGCAAAAAGAAAGUUGGUCCAGCAAAUAAUGUAAUUCUCGGAUCAGGAGACCUUUUUUAAAGCCAUCAUCUGGCAAAUCAGAAAACAGACACAUGGCUUAACACCAAAUGUCCUCACAGACAAUUGUUACAGGGCGGAGAUUGGAACCGGGGGGUAACAUGGCUAAAGGUGUGCUGCUGUGUCUUUUACUGCUGGCCCUUUCAGAUGUGGCCAGAGUUCAGGGCAGAAGAAAGAAGGGACAGAGAGCAAAUGGCCUCAUUGUCAGAGAUGAGGGACACAGCAUGACUUGCACGAUGGACAUUGCCUUCAUCUUGGACAGCUCGGAAAGUGCAAAGACUAUCCUUUUCAACAAGGAGAAGGAGUUUGUGCUGAGCCUCAGUAGCCGGGUCAUGCAGACGCAGCAGGCUGGCUGGAAGCUGCAGAUCAGAAUGGCUGCUCUGCAGUACAGCAGCUCAGUAUCUGUGGACCACAACUUCCUGGACUGGCAGGACCUGGACGUGUUCCAGAGUCGGGUCAGGAGCAUGGCCUACAUCGGCCACGGCACCUACACCGCCUAUGCCAUUACCAAUGCCACGCAGGUGUUCGCCCAUGAGACCAAGGCCGGUGGCUCGAGGGUGGCCCUGCUCAUGACCGACGGCGUCGACCACCCCCGGAGCCCCAGCGCCAUCGCUGCUGCCACCGAAGCCAAGAGCCACGGCAUCAAGGUGUUCGCCAUCGGCCUGUCGGACCUGGCACGGGAGAGCCAGAACAGCGCCAAGCUGAGGGCUAUCGCUAAUUCCCCACCUCAGCAGUACGUCCACAGCCUGACAGACAGCUUGCUGGAGGAGAAACUGCUCAGAGAGCUGAAUGUCUUUGCUGGGGAUGGAUGUCCACAGCCACAAGCACAAUGUGCAUGUGAUAAAGGGGAGAGGGGCCCUCCUGGUAAUCCUGGCAAAAAAGGGGAUCCAGGAUACAAUGGCCCCCCAGGUCCGAAAGGAUCCAGAGGUGAACCUGGUAUCAAUGGCCGUCCAGGAAUUGAAGGCAUUGAGGGAAGACCUGGUUUUAAAGGUGAAAGGGGUGAGAGAGGUGAAUGCGGUGCCCCAGGGAUAAAGGGAGAGAAAGGUCAAGAAGGGCCGCCGGGGCCACGUGGAUACAGAGGAGAGCAGGGUCUAACAGGACCAGCCGGAGAUCAAGGUCCUGAGGGGCAAGCAGGACCCAAAGGAGACCGAGGGCCCAAAGGGGCGUCUGGACCACCUGGUGACACAGGCAUCGGAUUCCCUGGCCCAAAGGGUGACAAAGGCAACCAGGGAAGAUCAGGUCCAACUGGCUUCCCAGGAAUUGGGGAGCCAGGCCUGCCAGGCCCUCCAGGGCCUCCAGGAAUACAGGGCAACCAAGGGACCCCAGGAGAAGGUCUGCCAGGGCCCAAGGGUGACCGUGGAUAUGACGGUCUCAGAGGAAUGCGGGGUCCCUCAGGUACAGGAGCGAAGGGUGAGAAGGGAAAUACAGGCUCUCCAGGAUUGCCAGGACCUGUAGGGUUUCCAGGAGCAGGGAUUCAAGGCGAAAAGGGUGAUCAAGGACCAAUGGGUCCCUCUGGCCCCAGAGGAAUGCCAGGGGUGGGGUUCAUUGGUACAAAGGGAAACCAGGGCUUUCCAGGAGAAUCUGGUCCCCAAGGGGAGAGAGGAGUUGGAGAACCUGGACCAAAAGGUGACCCUGGUUCAGCAGGACUACCUGGACUUCCUGGUUUUCCAGGGGAAGAUGGCACUAUUGGAGCCAAGGGGGAAACAGGGCCAGCUGGUCCCAGGGGUCCAGACGGCUCACCUGGGAAAGGAAUACCUGGAGAAAAGGGGGACCGAGGAGACAGGGGUCCUAGGGGGCUGCCAGGAUCCGUGGGGCCUGUGGGGCCUGCAGGGGCCAAGGGAGAACCAGGAAGCUCUGGGCAAGUCGGAAUUCCUGGGCCGCCUGGGCGGGGAAUUCCUGGUGCCAAGGGAGACCCUGGUCCUGUUGGACCAGCCGGACCAGUGGGGGAACCAGGACUUGGGAUAGCUGGACCAAAGGGGGAGCGAGGAUUACCUGGACCCACGGGACCACCUGGGGGGAAAGGAGACGGCUAUCCCGGCGCACCAGGACCCCCAGGGUUGCCAGGACUAUCAGGAGAACCAGGGCCUGAAGGCAAAGGAUUACCUGGGCCAAAGGGAGAUCGGGGUUCUCAGGGCAUAUCUGGACCUCCAGGACCACCAGGAAUUGGCCAGAUGGGUCCUAAGGGCUCUAUUGGCCAGACUGGCCCACCUGGUCCUCAGGGUUUACCUGGAGAGGGAAUUCAGGGACAGAAGGGGGAUCCUGGAUUUCAGGGGAUCCCAGGGCCCAGAGGACCUCCAGGAGAGGGUCAUCCAGGAGAAAAGGGAGACAGAGGAUUGUUUGGUGACCCAGGAAGAAAGGGGGAAAAAGGAGAACUUGGGCAGCCAGGAACAACAGGACCUGUGGGUAGGCUUGGACAAAAGGGUGAACCUGGUUUAACAAGAGAAGAAGUUAUCAAAAUAAUCAGAGCAAUCUGCGGCUGUGGUGUAAAAUGCCGGGAGAGCCCGCUGGAGCUCGUCUUUGUCAUCGACAGCUCCGAAAGCGUGGGCCCCGACAACUUCAACACGGUGAAGGACUUUGUGAACGCGCUGAUCGACCGCGUGUCGGGGGGCCGGGACGCCACCCGCAUCGGCGUGGUGCUCUACAGCCACAUCAACGUGGUGGUGGUCAGCCUGCAGCAGCACUUGAGCUACGAUGACAUCAAGGCAGCCGUCCGCAGGAUGACCUACUUGGGCGAGGGCACCUUCACGGGCAGCGCCCUCCAACGCGCCAACCAGAUAUUCCAGGCCUCCCGCCCUGGCGUGCGGAAGGUGGAGAUCGUCAUCACGGACGGGCAAGCAGACGGAAGGGACCUGGUGAAGCUGGAGGACGCGGCGAAGGACGCCCACGAGGCUGACAUUGAGGUGUUUGUCAUCGGGGUGGUCAACCAAAGUGACCCUUUUUACUUGGACUUUAAAAACGAGAUGAACCUGAUCGCCUCAGAUCCUAUCGAGGAGCACGUGUACCUGAUUGAGGACUUCAUAACACUUCCUGCCCUGGAGAGUAAGCUGCUGACUCGAAUCUGUGAGCCUGAAGACACAUCUCUGUUCAGCUCCAGCCCCAGCUCCCUGCUUCCCUCUGGAACUCCCACCAACUCUGAGCUCCCCUGGGAGACACCCGAGAGGAUGGACACCCCCACUUUCACUGGAGACUACAACAGGCUAUAUGAGGAGCCAAGACUUCCUGGGGAAUUGGAGAGGCAUCCGUUCUCUCAAAAACGAGACAGUGGCAAGAAUGGCAGCAUCAGCAUUACCAGGAAAUUAUCCUUUGAUGGAGAACCACUCAACAGCCUGACAGAUCUACUGCCUGAUCGAGUGAAGCAACUCUCAUCCAGUAUGCCAGUGGCAGGUCCCCAGGCCCCUCCCAAACGACUUUUUACAACAACACAGCCAUCUCCCACAACACAGUCUCGGCCCCUGGUACCGAGCAAACAAGAUGAAGGAUGCGAAGAGGACUUGGAUCCAGGUCCCUGCCGAAAGUAUGUGGUGAAAUGGUACUAUGACUCAACGGCAAACUCAUGCGCCCAGUUCUGGUUUGGAGGUUGUGAGGGAAACAGGAACAGGUUUGAAAGUGAGGACAGCUGCAGGAAAGCCUGUGUCAAAGUAUAAUGAUGUACGGAUAGCUGUAAGGAGCUAUUAGCAAAUAUGUAUUUGUUUCAACAAGCCAUUGCCAUGCUCAUCAAACAGGCCAAUGGGAGACAAGUACUGUUUUUGUCUUCAAUUUUUCACUAGAUGUUUGUCUGCUAAAUGUACAUGUUUAUGAAUUUCCAUAAAACCUGUCUUUAAAUAAGCUUAAGAUAUGUACAACUCACAGAAAGUGAAAGGGAUUUUUUUACUGCUUAACAUAUUGAUAGCAUAGUAUACAUCACUUGUAUACAUUGUCUCCAUAGUAUUUGCAUUUGUAGGAUUUAACUAUAUUUUAACAGUGUAAUUACAUUUAUUUAUCUGCAUUGAAGUAAAUGGUACACUGCAGGCUGUGAGAAUUCAAGUGGCCACAGUCAUGUUAUUCAUAUUCGUAAGUAUAACAAUGGUUACCUAUGUUGUAAAUAUUCAAUGAAUUGAGGAAAUUCAUUUGGCUGGUAAACCAUCUGCUUCUCAAGUUACAAUAAAACAAGUAAUUGUUUAGAA